UUUUUCUUUGAGGGUUUUCUUUUUUAAUUCUACAAUAAAAUACAUGGUAGUCAUUCCGUAAAUAUUUACUGACUUGAAUGGUAGGGCUUAUUUAUUUAUUUGAGAAAUAUUGAGCACAUACUAUGUGCUAGAAAUUAUAUUUGUCACUGUAGGAUACAAUCACAAAAAUUUUAAGAUUUUUGCCCUUGAGGAAUUUUUAAGGUAUAGAUUUUAUACCUAUAAAACAUGGUUUAUUUUGUUUAUUUUAAUUAAAGACAAGUUUGAGGGGGUUUUAAAUUUUUAUUCACUGAAUAUAAAUAAGAGUGUUUAUAGUAUCCUCAGGACUCACACUCAUAGAUAAAGGAGGAAAAUAUACGUGUGUCUUAUAUAUCCCCUUCCUCCUUCGCUGUGCAAGGCUUGUUUUAAGAUAGGUUUUUAAAAAUCUUUAUUCUGCAGCAGAAUGGAAACUAGAAAUUAACCCCAGUAUAGCAGUCAUUUCUGAUUUUCAGGGGAAAAAAGGAGGGAGGAAGACAAAAAUACACACCCAUAGCCCAGGGUACCCACUGGAACCCUUAUCUACUUAGGUCCUCUGUAAACACUAAGCUACUUGUUACACUCUUCUUUGCUGUGGUUGUUUCUGAUUAAAGAACGGCCCCUCAUGGGAGUUUGUUCUGCCUGUGGAUAAAGACAAGGCCUUAGAGCCCCCAACCUCCCGAGAAACACUGACAUUGGCCGAAAGUUCCCCAAGGCCCCCAGGGCCAUCCAUCCCUAUCUCUCCUCUGUGUCGUACUUGAAACUUUAAGUGUUUGCUGUGUGUGGGAGAAAGGAAGGGAAAGUUGUGUUCCAAGUAAGCAGGGAAGGCAGAGAUACAAAAUAAGACACUUCACUGAGAGAGGUCUAAAUUUCUUCUCCCAUUUAAGGCGACUAAAUAACUUUUUGCUUUAUCUUAAUCUGCCAUUUUCCCUGAGUAUAUGUUAAUUUUGCUUUCUAAAAAUUGCCUUCCCCCAAACUUACAUUUUUUGGUAUAAAUUGCAUGAGUUUUAGACUCUGUAGACUUUUCUGCACUGUCCACAGUGAUAGCCACUGGCCACAUGGGGCUAUUUACAUUUCAGUUGAUAAAAAUGAAAUAAAAUAUAGUUCUUCACUCAUACUAACUACAUAUUAUAGGCUAAAUAACCACAUGGCUAGUGGUUCUCAUAGUGGACAGCACAAACACAGAACAUUUUAAAUUGCAGAAAUUUCUGUGGGACAGCAUUGUAAUAGAUCAUAGAAUCACCAAGUACAAGGGUCCUCGGUGAUUGUGUGGUUCCACCCCUUCACUUCACAGGUUGCAUAGCUGGUUGGUUAGUGACUGGGCUGAAUGAGAACUGAGUUCUAACUCCUACUUCAGUGUUCUUUACAUACCACAGGGCACACCGAUUUCUAAUAGUGCCAUUACCUGUAACACUUGUCUUAAGAGAAUUAUUUUAGUACAGUGAGAACAUUUUGACAUCAAACUGAACUAUGUCCCAUUAGGAAUUUCAUUAAGGAACUUAAUUCCCUCUUCAAAACCAGGCCUAUCAUAGGUAAUAUGGUUUCUCCGUUACAUCACAGAUACCCUGUGUGUUUAUUUCUACCUUGUUUGGAGAAAGAUUUAAGGUCACUUUAUAAAACUAUACAUGAUGUGCCAACAGAAAAGAAACAAUUAUUGUGAGAACAUUGUCAUAAAUACAUUCGUAUGAUCCAAGUGUGGUAUGAAUAUAAAUUGAAAUUUGCCAUCAUAAAAACAAAAGCAUUCAGAGUUCCAGUUUUUAUCCUGGCAAGAAAACCUUUUUAUAAUCUGGCUCCACCUUUUCUAUUCAGUUUGAUUUUUUAUUUUCCAUAUAUCUUGUCUCUCCUACAGUUGUGCAAGCUCCUUAAGGGCAGGGGCUUUCUUACACUCAUUUUCCAGUCUUACAGUGUUGGCUGAGCUCCAUAAAUAGAUGUUCAAAAAAUAUAUAUCAACUAGUCUCCUUUCUUAUCUUUCUUUUUAAAUCUCCUUGGGCCUCGCUUUUCUCAUAUGUAAGAUGGUGGAAAUCCCACACUCAAAAAUUCCUUGAAUCUGCCCAUUCACAGGCCUAGUGAAAAUACAUAAUACAGCUCUGUAAAUAAUGCAUACUCAAGUAUAGGAAACAGUGAGCUAGGCUAGAGAAGGACUGUAGGAACAUUUAUGCACAUAUGUCAAAGUAUUUAAACUUUUAAGGUAACUAAGUUCAAAAGGGAUGAGUGGAGAAUUCUGGAGAGUACCUUCUUGCCCACAGGGUUUAUAGCUGUAUUUUGUUUUCAUGUAAAGAUCUGUUUCUUGACCUUGGAUGGUGAAAACUGUAUCUUCAUUGUGAUUGGCAAUAGGUUCAGCUUAUUCUCACUAUGUAAAUUACUUAGUAAAUCAUAAGGGGAGAUGUUGAAAUUCAAACUUCCUGCCACCAGAUCUUCACACUGCAGACUUUUCUCUACUGCAGUCUUUUCUUCCUACUCAUCCUCCCUCCCUACCCCUUCCUUUCUCUCCUUUCACUGGAUUUUCAGCUCAAGUAGGCCUCAUUAAAAAAGACAAUAAAAACAAAAACCGGGCUUCCCUGGUGGCGCAGUGGUUGAGGGUCCACCUGCCGAUGCAGGGGACACGGGUUCGUGCCCCAGUCCGGGAAGAUCCCACGUGCCACGGAGCGGCUGGGCCCAUGAGCCAUGGCCCCUGAGCCUGUGCGUCCAGAGCCUGUGCUCCGCAACAGGAGAGGCCACAACAGUGAGAGGCCCGCAUACCGCAAAAACAAAAACCAAAAAAAACCCAAACCCACCUCCCUUAUACUCACUUCUGGACCCGAAGUCUGGCUUCAGUCCCCGCCAUUCCACUGAAAUAUGCUUCUCGAAGAGAGCCUUUACCUCCUUGCCCAUGAACCCAGGGGAUGCUUAUUGGUUCCUUAUUAUUCUGGACUUGUUGCCAACAUUUCACACUGUGGACCACUCUCUGAUUCUUGAAGUAUUCUAUUCCCAUGGCUUCCAUGACACACUGCUCUUCUAAUUUCCCUCUACCUCUUUGGUCUCCUGUGGUCUUUUUAUCUUCCUAUUGAUUAUUUUAAAUAUUAGUGUUAUUCACAGUCCAUUCCCUCCUGAGACUGCUCCUUACUUCUUCAAAGUCACCAACCAGGUCCAACACUGAAUUCAUUUUCUCUCUCCCAUCCGUACUCCGGUGUCUCACAUGGCAGCUCCACACACCUAGUAACUUGGGCACAGUCUUUAACGACCACCCACCCAACCCCCACCCCCGACCCCUGGCCAUGGCUAAUCUCUGACCAAAUCCUGUCAAUGCUGCCUCCUCACUAUCUCUGGAAUCUGUUUACUGUUCUGCAUUCACACUGCCCUACCCUGGUUCAAGCCAUUGCUUCUUGUCUGUAAUCGUUCAGUAGCCUCUUAACUGGUCUGCUUUCACAAGAGUGCCCCCUUCCUUCCAAUCUGUUCUUCAUCCAGAUUGAUUUUUCUACGGAAUAAAUAAGACUAUUUUCAGUCUCUGUUAUUCUUGGGGAAAAGUCCAGAAUUUAUACUAUGACCUCCAAAGCCCUGUGUGAUGCACUUCUUAUACCCUCUUUUCAUCCUCACCUCUAAUUGUUCUUGCCAGCUCCCUUUGGUCAAGCUGAAAACCUCCUCCUUGUUCCUCUGGGCCUGCACACAUUGGUUAUCCCUUUAGAACACUUUUGUCCUUCACCCUUGUCUAGUUAUCCCUCUAGAUCAGCUCAAUCACCACUUCCUCUAGGAAGCCUUUGCCUUGCCCACAAGUCCAGGUGAAGUACCUGCCUGGGGGUUCCCUGUUCCCUGUCACUUGUCACACUGCAUCAUAAUUUCCAGUGUGCUCAUCCUUGUCGCCCAUUAGACAGAGAGCUCCUUGAAGGAGGGACCGCAUCUGUCAGUCCUUGUCACAGCCCAGGUACCUCACACAUUGCCAGGCACACAGUCUCUCUGCCCAAUAAAUAUUUAUGAGAAGAACGAACUGAUUUUUUUAAAAUAGCAUUUGUACAGACAGUUAUUAGCAACUUACAAAAAUUUUAUCAACCCUUAUUUCUUAGCAUCAUAACAAAGCUACUUCCAAUUAAGUUAAGAAAUAGAAUAUCAGAGCUGUAGUGACAUUUUCAUUACUUCUACAUUCUAGUCUGUUUUAAGGCCAUAAUAAUUUCUUUUUAAAAUACUAGCAUAACUGUUACCAUAAUCCCCUAAUAUUAGCAUAAUACUUUGAAUACAGAGCCGUCUUCCUGGCCAGUGUUAAUAUUCGUGAUUGUGUAAAUAAAAGGUUUCUUUUUUUAAUAUUUCUGCAAAAAUCUCCUGUCCAGUAUUUUUCAGUAUUUGCUAUAUCAAAAGAUCAUCUUAUAGAGAUUUAACAAUGGUAAAUAUAAAGUUACAAUUUUUUAGGGUAUUUGGGUGAAUAGUAAUAAAUUAAACUAUGAUAUUUGGCAGUACUUUAGCCUUAAACUUAAUAUCUUAUUAAAAAUAAAAGGCAUUAUUAUGGUGGGUCUGUUUCAUCUAGUCAGUUCUAAAGCAUACAUAUUAUGGUUCCAUUAAAAGUAAACUUUUAACAUUUCUCACAUCAGUGGUAGAUAAUUCUUUUAAAAAUGACAGUAGAACUACAGUGCCCAUCAAGACUCUGGUCUUCAUUCCAAGUACUGAUUCUUUUUUUUUUUUUUUUUUUCCCAACAUUUCAUGGAUUUGGUCUCUGAGAUCUCAUUUCACCCAUUCUAUCCAGAAUAUGGAAAAAAAAAAUGUGAUAUCAAAUGAAGAGGAGAAACUUAAAAAUUUUUAACUCUGGAGCAUCCCAGCUCAAUUGCCUGGGAUUUAUACAAGAUAAAAUUACAGUGUGUGCAACAAAUGACUCGUAUCAGAUGACACGAGAAAGAAUGACCCAGGCAGAGGAGGAAUCCCGCAACCGAAGCACAAAAGUUAUCAAACCUGGUGGACCAUAUGUAGGGAAAAGAGUGCAAAUUCGGAAAGCACCUCAAGCUGUUUCAGAUGCAGUGCCUGAGAGGAAAAGAUCAACCCCCAUGAACCCUGCAAAUACCAUUCGAAAGACACAUAGCAGCAGCAGUGUUUCCCAGCGGCCAUAUCGGGACAGGGUGAUUCACUUACUGGCACUGAAGGCCUAUAAGAAACCUGAGCUGCUAGCUCGACUGCAGAAAGACGGUGUCAAUCAGAAAGACAAGAACUCCCUCGGAGCAAUUCUGCAACAGGUAGCCAAUCUGAAUCCUAAGGACCUCUCAUACACCUUAAAGGAUUAUGUUUUUAAAGAGCUCCAAAGAGAUUGGCCUGGAUAUAAUGAAAUAGACAGACGGUCAUUAGAGUCAGUGCUCUCGAGAAAACUAAAUCCAUCUCAGAAUGCUGCCAGCACCAGCCGUUCAGAAUCUCCUGUAUGUUCUAGUAGAGACGCUGCAUCUUCUCCUCAGAAACGGCUUUUAGAUUCAGAUUUCAUUGAUCCUUUAAUGAAUAAAAAAGCUCGAAUAUCUCACCUGACAAAUAGAGUGCCGCCAACAUUAAAUGGUCAUUUGAAUCCCACCAGUGAAAAAUCUGCUGCAGGCCCCCCGCUGCCCCCUGCAGCCGCUGCCAUCCCCACGCCUCCACCGCUGCCUUCAACCCACCUGCCUGUCUCCAAUCCUCCUCAGACUGUAAAUUCUCACUCCAAUUCCCCUAGCACUCCAGAAGGCCGGGGGACUCAAGACCUACCUGUUGACAGUUUUAGUCAAAACGGUAGUAUCUAUGAGGACCAGCAAGACAAAUAUACCUCUAGGACUUCUCUGGAAACCUUACCACCUGGUUCAGUUCUACUAAAAUGUCCAAAGCUUAUGGAAGAAAACCAUUCGUCUCACAAAAAGUCCAAGAAGAAGUCUAAAAGACACAAGGAAAAGGACCAAAUAAAAAAGCACGACAUUGAGAUGAUUGAGGAAAAGGAAGAGGACCUUAAAAGAGAAGAGGAAAUUGCCAAGCUGAACAACUCCAGUCCGGAUUCCAAUGAAGGAGUUAAAGAGGAUUGCACUGCCUCCACGGAAGCUUCUUCAACAGUUGAACUCCCAGAUUAUUUGAUAAAAUAUAUUGCUAUUGUCUCCUAUGAGCAACGCCAGAAUUACAAGGAUGACUUCAAUGCUGAGUACGAUGAGUAUAGGGCCUUGCAUGCCAGGAUGGAGACGGUGGCUAGAAGAUUUAUCAAACUGGAUGCACAGCGAAAGCGCCUUUCUCCAGGCUCAAAAGAGUAUCAGAGUGUUCAUGAAGAAGUCUUACAAGAAUAUCAGAAGAUAAAACAGUCUAGUCCCAAUUACCAUGAAGAAAAAUACAGAUGCGAGUAUCUUCAUAACAAGCUGGCUCACAUCAAAAGACUAAUAGGUGAAUUUGACCAACAGCAAGCAGAGUCAUGGCACUAGAGCUCUGCUUGGACCAGAAGAUGUGAAUAAACUUAAGCUUAUUUAUUUAAAAUUCCAAAUGAAUUGCUCUCAAAUUCUAAAAAAUGAAACUUUGCCUGUUGGAAGUUUCAGUAUUAGUAAACUUGAGUUACCUUCCCCCCCCGCCCCCCGCCGCAUUUUACUUUGUUUCCUUGCAUUUUUGAAGCUGCUUUUUUCUGGUCCUUUUUUCCUACUUAAGACUUGUGUUUGUCAAUAGAAAUAAUUUUUUUUGUAGAUAUUGGGGAUCCAGUGUCUGUACUUCAAAUCAAUUUUUUUCCUUAAAAAACUGUGUUUGUCAUUAGAAAUGAUUUUUUUUAGAUAUUGGGGAUCUAGUGUCCACACUUCAAAGUUAUGUGUGUUUAAAAAAAACAGUAAUGUACAAGGUGAAAUGCUUUUGGAUAAACAUAAGCCUAUUUUCUGACCUUUCUUAAUAUGAACUCUUUGCCUUAAAUGGUAGAACAUUUAGAAAUUUGCACAAAAUACAAAAAAACUUAAAACAUUGUUUUGGAGGGUUAAGAAAUAGAAAGGUGUGUAUGUGUAUAGAUCUAUAUACACAUGUGUAUAUAUAGUCUGACUUGAUCUAGAACAGUAAAUCUGCCCUGCAAAUUAACCCCCCAUUGCAAUGGUUGCCUUAAGGUGUUUGCUAGUUGUGUACCUAGUGUGGUUAAUCAUUAGCUACACUGCUUCCCACUUGAUUCGAGCAAUGGGAAGCACAUUGUGGCCUACCAGCGUCUGAAAGCGUGUGCUCGACCUGUAUGUGUGCAGAGGUGGUGUGGAUGUGAGCGUGCGUGAAGGAAAAAAGCUGCUACUCUCAGUAGGCCAAACGCUCAGGUGAAACAACUGAUGAGUGUUACUGUAGGUUUUUUUUUCCUAUCAAAUUGCUACUUCUAUCGUGGAAGACAAAAGCAUUUCCAUUUCAACAGUUUGUCAACUUUAUUAAUGUUGGGCAAAAUUGAUAUGUUAUGAAAAUGAAACAGAUCUAUAGUUUGGGGCAAAAUUAUAAAAUUAAAUGUGUAGGUAACCUAUUUAUAUACUGCUAUAAAGUAUUUUUUGAAGAGAGAUAUGCAAAGAAGCUAUUACCUACAUGAAAUGUAUAUUUAAAGAUUUUUUUUUUUCAUCCUGGGUGCCAGGAAUAUAAAAAAAGAGUGGAUAUAUUUAACCAUAACAUACUGUGAUUCAUCAAACAGCACAAACUUUCAUUUCAUGGAGUUUAUCUGUUGACGUUGAUUUAAACUAUCAUUUGUUUUAUCAUGUGGGAACAUAAGUUAUGUGGUCAAAAAUAUAAGGAUUUUGAACUAAUGUUGAUUCAAGUUGUGUUGUCUUAUCAUAUUGUUUUUCAAAGUGCUGCCAGUUUAAAAGGGAAGCAUUAUGUUUACAAAUAUGUUUUGAAAUGUUUGCCAAAAUUUUGGUGGUAUCUUUAAUAAAGAUGUUUGUCUCCAGCAUCCAAAACAAUAAAAAAAUAAAUAACUUUGUUGUGUAUCACUGUAAACCAGAAAAUGUUGGUGUCCAGAAAACCUGAGAGAGCGUGUAGAUGAAACUUACUCUUCGGAGUUCUUCUAAAACAUUAACAGGAAAGAGUAGGUAAUAUAGUAAAAGUAUACAAAAGUAUACUUUACAAAGACUGAAACAAGACCCUGUGCACUAUAACUCUAACAUUACCACAGCAAUUUGAUUUCUACGUAGCAUGGACCUCCUGGGGAAUUCGAUUUUCUUUUAGCAUUGAGAUCCCUGGUGCUCUUCCUUUUACCUCAGAAUUGGUACAAUCAUUACUAAGCGUUCACUGAUAUCAAACUUUCCGUUGGAAAAAAAAAAAAAGCAGUAAAGGAAACUUAAUUGGGGAUAAAUUUGGUCCUCAUAUCAUAUGGUAGAGUCUCCUGAGGGAUUUGUCUGUAGGUAAUGACCUCAUCGGUGUCAUUUCUUAGACAUCAUGGCCUUUUAAUCAAAGAUAGUGUGCUGCUACUUGCUAUGAGUGGUGGUUCUCAAAAGCAAGGUGCUUGGACCACUUGCAUCACCCAAAUUAGAAUCUCUGGGGAUAGGGCCCACAUAGCCCCAUUUUCAUAAGUAUCCUCCAAGUGAUUUUGCAAGCUAAAGUGUGAGAACAAUUGGCUUGGAAGUAACAAUAAACCUUUAGGUCUCUAAAUCUCAGAGUCUUGAACUGAAGAGGUUCGGCUAUUGGCUUUGGUUUUUAAGCCCCUCCCUGUCAGCAGGUGCAACUCACUUUUCCUCUCUACAUCAUUUGUGGCACCCUCUCAGUUGUUUCACUGCUAACGCUUAUUUUAGAACUUGUUUACAAACAAGGCAAACCUUCCAGUUGGCUAAUUGUUAGCCCUUGGAGCUCCUACCCAUCUACAUCAGCACAUCUUCUGGUUUACAAAUUGGGUAAUAAUGGAAGCUGGAGAUGCUUCAUGAAAAUCCAGCAUUGCACACCCGUAGACUUGACCACCUACCUAUAAAAGCCUUAAUUUAGAUGUUUGUCGUGUACAUUGGGCAGAUCCUUGCAAAAUGUGUAUCUAUCAUCAGUUGCAAAUUUGAGAGUUGUGAAUCUCUGCCUCUGCUAUUACCUAAGGCUGCAUCUCUUUUAAAGAUGGGCGUGAGCCUAUUAAGAUAUUUAUAAUCAUUCUUCAUCUCCUACUGCAAGAUUUUUAGAUUCUCUCCAAUAAUUGCUGCAGGAAUGGGUGGCCACUUAGUAUCAGUUACUCUGGUAGAAUUUAUUUAGUUUUUUGUUUUUUGGGGGUUUUUUUGAGAGAAGUAGUAAGUGUAAAAUAGCAUUGUCAAGAUGAGACAAUGAGUUGUGUUAUUAUUUGCUCAUCACAUUUCAUCUUAAGUAAUUUGAAGCACUCUUGAUGAUUUUUACCAACAACCAUAAAUUAACUCCAGAAUGAGCGAGCAGCUGAUUUAAUACAAACCCAAAAUAACAUUAACUAGAUGUGGUUUUGUUUUAUGUGAGGACUUCACUUCCUAUCUCGUUGGUUAUUUAUUUCCCCUGGAAUACUUUAGAGGGGUUAACUUUCAACUGUAAGUAGUGAUAGAUGUUCAGUACUUGCUCUCACAAAAGUAAUUGGUGUGGUCAGUUGAUAUCAUAGCUCCAUGCAUUGAUUAUAAAAAUCCAGUAUUAAUUUUCCUUCAUCUCUGAUUGAUCUUUUAACCUUAAUAGUUUUCUUUUCCCUUAAAAUAUUUCACCUUAUUCUGUAAAACAAAUGCAUAUUUUCAUGUUUGAAGCAAGGUGUUGAGAUGAGGUUUAGACACAAAUGGUCCAUCAGUUCCGACACUCUGCUUGGUUGCCUUACCCCUUCCACUAGUGUGUCCUUUGUUUCUGGAACUUGGCUGAAACUCUUCAGCCAGUUCCUUGUCUUUCCAGCCGUGUGAGUGUUGAGUCACAUAUGAGUGGUUUUUGCCUUUACUACUUUUAAAGUUCUUACUGUUUAUUACUUCCUAAGUGUUACUAAAUCCUUUUAUUCUAUACCAGAUGGGGAAAAAUUAUAGCCAGCUUUGAGAGGAAUCUUUUGGGAAAAGAUAUUAACUGACACGACUAAAUGAAGGCAACAGAAGAUGUUAUCAAUGUUCUUUGUAACCUGACAACUGAACAAGGCUAUGAGACUCAUUUCAAAAUAUUUUGAAGUGUUAAAAAUAUAUACAUAUAUAUCUAUGCUGCUUCUCAGUUGUUCUACCCAAACCAUGUUAGCAAGGUAAAAUGUCACAGAGACUUUUCAGUUAACUGAGCUCAGCAGCUGUGGUGGCCCCUAUUGUUCUACACCAAUUUCAGUUCAAUAAAAAUGUUAACUUUGCAA